GCAAAGAUCUGUGACGAUUUUGCAAAGAUUUGUGUGGAUUGUGCAAAGAUCUGUGACGAUUUUGCAAAGAUUUGUGAGGACUGUGCAAAGAUCUGUGAGGAUUUUGCAAAGAUUUGUGAGGAUUGUGCAAAGAUCUGUGAGGACUGUGCAAAGAUCUGUGACGAUUUUGCAAAGAUUUGUGUGGAUUGUGCAAAGAUUUGUGAGGAUUGUGCAAAGAUUUGUGAGGAUUGUGCAAAGAUUUCUGAGGAUUGUGAGGAUUGUGCAAAGAUCUGUGAGGAUUGUGCAAAGAUUUGUGAGGAUUGUGCAAAGAACUGUGAGGAUGGUGCAAAGAUUUGUGAGGAUUGUGCAAAGACUUGUGAGGCUACAACCAAGUUCUGUGAGGAUUGUGCAAAGAUCUGUGAGGAUUGUGCAAAGAUCUGUGAGGAUUGUGCAAAGAUUUGUGAGGAUUGUGCAAAGAUUUCUGAGGAUUGUGAGGAUUGUGCAAAGAUCUGUGAGGAUUGUGCAAAGAACUGUGAGGAUUGUGCAAAGAACUGUGAGGAUUGUGCAAAGAACUGUGAGGAUUGUGCAAAGACUUGUGAGGCUACAACCAAGUUCUGUGAGGACUGCGCAAAGAUCUGUGAGGAUUGUGCAAAGAUCUGUGAGGAUUGUGCAAAGAUCUGUGAGGAUUGUGCAAAGAUUUGUGAGGAUUGUGCAAAAAACUGUGAGGACUGUGCAAAGAUUUGUGAGGAUUGUGCAAAGAACUGUGAGGAUGGUGCAAAGAUUUGUGAGGAUUGUGCAAAGAACUGUGAGGAUGGUGCAAAGAUUUGUGAGGAUUGUGCAAAGAACUGUGAGGAUUGUGCAAAGACUUGUGAGGCUACAACCAAGUUCUGUGAGGACUGCGCAAAGAUCUGUGAGGAUUGUGCAAAGAUCUGUGAAAAUUGUGCCAAGAUUUGUAAGGAUACGACAAAGUACUAUGGGGAUUGUGGAAAUAUCUGUGAGGAUUAA